AUGGAAGUGAUCUCUGAUAGACCCGCUUCGGCAUUGAAUCCGGAUGCUCCGCUGUUCGUGCCAAUGGCCUACCGGGCGGUGGAGGACUUCUCCGACGAGUGGUGGGAUCUCGUGAAGUCGACCGCCUGGUUCAGGGAUUACUGGCUCCGGGAAUGCUUCCUGGAGGAGGCCGAGGCACGCGACGGGGCCGGGUUCAUCGACGAGGACGACGAGGGGUCGUCGCUGCCGGAGAUCUACGACAUCUUCGAAGGCUACCAGCGGCGUGAGCACUUGACCCACUCGCCCUUUCCGCCAUUGUCUCGGUUUCUUUCCUUCUUUCUUUCUUUCUUGAUUGAUUGAUUGACUGUGGACGAUGGUCUCUGUGCAGAGGGAGAGGACGGUGAGAAGGGGCAGGGUCGGGAGAUGGUCUCGUGGGGCGCGGAGAAGUGGCGCGGGAUGCGAUGCCUGCCGAGGACCCCUUCGUACACCGAGAAGGUGCCCAGGAUCGUGAAGAUGAAGCCCAGUCCCCGAACGAUUCAGCAGCCGCGCUAG